UUUUAAAAAGAAAUUCAUUGUUUUGUUGAUGGCCAUUUGAUGCCAUCAAAGACAGAUUUCACGGAUCUGAAAUUGCAGAUGGUUAACUACCAACAUGACUUCUGUUUCAAGUGAUGUGUUUGAAGCAGUGACUAGUCAAUUAUUUGUGGAACUAAGACAAGUUUACAAAGAUACUGGAAAAGUUACAGAUGAAAUUUUGUCAGCGUUGAGUAAUGUGUAUCAAGCUCCAUUACUGCCGGCAUUAGAUCUGGUUGACAGUAGAAGUGUUUCUCGAUUAGUUUGUCCUGCAGGUAGACAGCUGUAUCAGGUGAUUGGAAGUUCAGGUACACCAUAUACAUGUUUCAAGGGAAAUAACUACUGUUCCUGUCCUGCAUAUAGAUUCUCUGUUUUAAAUAAAGAGGAACUAUCAAUGUGUAAGCACAUACUUGCAGUGAAGCUGUCAGAUGCUAUGGAGGUAACUAAGAAACUUGAAGUGACAGAUAAAGAAUUGACUGACUUGUUGAUCAACUUGGAAUGAAAAACUGGACUAAAGCAAAUUUCAUACAGGAUUUUUAAGAGGAGGUUGAAUGCUGCAAAAUUUUUAUCGUUAUAAGAGUAUUUUGAUAUGGAAGGAGUUUAUAAACUGAACUGUUCACUUUUACAAAAACUGUGAGUUCAGUCACAGGUUUAUAAUAUGAUUAUGAUAAAGAGUAAAAACAUACAACAUUAAAUCUGCUCAUUAAAUCUGCUGAGCAGUAAACCUUCAGUAUCAGUAUGUUUGGUUUGAAACAUCUAAAUUGAGCUAUUGAUGAUGAGGGGUAAUAUUAUUAGGUAACAGAUUUCUUAGGGGGAAAAAUAAACUUGUUGUCGUGUAAGUAAUUGAUUUGCAUUGUAGAGCACAGUAAUUCUAACCUAACUGUAAAAUUGAAUAAGAUGCUAAAUGUAAAGAAAUUUUAAUUACAUAACAUUUUAUUUCAAAUGUAUUACAAUAUGAACUAUUCCUGUAAUAUAAUGUAGUAAUGACAGGCCUGUCCAAACAGACAGGCCAAUCAAGUUAAUUGUUACACAGUAUACGUAUAAAUAGGAAUUCUUACACCUACCUUGUAUGAAGUCAGAUAUAUUCAUUUCACAUAUUUUAAAAUAAAUGUACUUUCAGUAUUUGCACCAUGUGAUGUUCCAGUAGAAAUCAUAUUGGAUCCAAUCUUAUAUCAAUUAAGCCUUGUUUUCAUUUCCUGAGUACAAAAAUCCAUAUCAAAUCCAUAUUGGACCCCAUCUAGUCUAUUUUUCUUUCUUUUUUUAGAGAGUCCAAUAUCCAUGUCUAAUCAUCUUUGUAAUUGAAGUAGUAAAGUUCUUUUUAAAAUGUCAAGAAAUGGUGGUGUGAAAUAAAGAGGUCAUUUAACAUUGUGGAGAACAAUGCUGAUUCUAUUGGACUUGUACACAGCUGCAAUAACCAUAUCAGACUUGGCUAGCGGCUCGUUCCAAUAUAGUAUUAACAGCUGUUUACACAUCCAAUUGUUUAGUAUUGUACUCAACAAUGUAUAAUAACCUCAUGAUUUAUCAAUAAAUCUUGAUAAAUCAAAUGGUGCCAGGAAUAAUACUUCUAUACUCGAUGUAGUUCACUUAGCACAUUAUAAGUAUUUAAUCUAAGAAUAUAACUGAAAUACAUUGUAUUGUUAAACUGACUUGGAACGUAACAAUAAAAUAGAUAGAUUACUUUUUUAUGCCCCCACAAUGUGGGAGCAUUUAGCGUUGCACUUGUCUGUCCGAGCAAACAUUUUGGGUUUAAGGGCUAUGUAACAGUAAAGAGAACAAAAGAGAACAAUAGGUUCUAUCCGUGAUCAAAGGGUUUAUGGGCUAGUAGCCCUUAAGAAAACAAAGAAAAUAACAAAGAAAAUAGCCCCUAAACCCAAAAUGUUGGAAGUCCGUCUGUCCCGAAAUCUUGUGAACGCAACUCCUCUUAAACCAAAUGGCAGAUUUUGCUUAAACUUCCAGGGAUGAACAACCUUAAUUUGUAGAUGGUAGUUAAGGAAGGAAUUUUUGCUGCGACCAAAUUUAACAGAAUUAUGGCCCUUUGUUGAUUUUUUCACUAUAUACUAUGUAGAAAUUUUGUGAACGCAACUCCUCUAAAACCGGAUGGCAGAUUUCACUUAAACUUCCAGGGAUGAACAACCUUAAUGUGUAGAUGGUAGUAAAGGAAGGAAUUUUUGCUGCGACCAAAUUUAACAGAAUUAUGGCCCUCUGUUGAUUUUUUCGCUAUAUACUAUGUAGAAAUUUUGUGAACGCAACUCCUCUUAACCAUGUCAGAUUUUGCUUAAACUUCCAGGGAUGAACAACCUUGUGAAGAUGGUAGUAAAGGAAGGAAUUUUUGCUGCGACCAAAUUUAACAGAAUUAUGGCCCUCUGUUGAUUUUUAGUUCUCAACUUGUUGCACAUGUAGUCCAAAUAAGAUUGACAGAACAGUGGCGUGUGGGGGCAUCCGUGUCCUAUGGACACAUUUCUAGUUUUAUACAUUUAAAUACAUUUAAUUUUUUUACAUUUAAUUAAUAAUAUCCAUCAAUCAAUAUCAUUCUUGAAUUAAGAUGCAGUUACAGGCUUCUGAAAUAAUCUAUGAAUAGAAAUGUGUAAAAAAAAAAAAAAAUUAUGAAAAAUAUUGUUAAGGUAUCUCAAUGAAGUAUUAAUCUCCCCACCGUUACAUUUUAUUUUUAUUGUUUCAUUUUGUUUGUAUAUGAAAUAUUUGUUAUUUUGUCAUAUGAAUUGAAUAAAGCUGCUUUAUUUCCAAA